AUAUUAAAAAUGCAAAUAAUACGUAAUAGAUUGAUGGUGAAUCACAUUCCAAGAUUUGGAUUUAAAUACAUGAGUGACAGUACAUUUCUCAAUGAAGAACAUCUCUAAAUAUAGAAAGCAGCAUUAGACUUUUCUAAAGAGAAAAUGUUACCAUAUUCAGCUGAAUGGGAUAAGAAACAUCAUUUUCCAAAGGAUGUCUUGAGAGAAUUGGCAGCAAUGGGAUUCUCAACAAUAUAUGUAAAAUAGGAAUCAGGUAAAGUAUUAGAAAAUGAUGAUAAGGUGGUGUUGGGUUAGAUCGUUUGACAGCAAGUGUUAUCUUUGAGGCACUCUCUUAUGGAGAUGUAACAACAACAGCAUAUUUAACAAUUUAAAAUAUGUGUGCAUAUAUGGUGGAUUAAUUUGGUAAUGAAGAAUAAAAAAAGACAUGGAUUCCUCGUUUUGGUACAUUUGAUGCAUUUGCUUCAUAUUGUUUAACUGAACCUAAUAGUGGUAGUGAUAGUAAAAAUAUGAAAACAUUUGCAAAGAAAGUAUUAUAUAUAUUUAAUAAUAGGAUGGAAAUGAUUAUGUUAUUAAUGGAUCUAAAUGUUUUAUUUCUGGAGGUUCUGUUAGUGAUGUAUAUUUAUUAAUGUGUAAAACAUCAGAGAAAGAUGUAUCAUGCAUUAUAGUUGAAAAAGGAACUCCAGGAUUAUCAUUUGGUAAAUUAGAAGAUAAAAUGGGAUGGAAUGCUUCACCUACAUCUAUGGUAUUAUUUGAUAAUGUACGUGUUCCUUAAUCAAAUUUACUUGGUAAAGAAGGUAAUGGAUUUAAAAUGGCUAUGAGUGCAUUGGAUGGUGGUAGAAUUAAUAUUGCAUCAUGUUCUCUUGGUGGUGCAUCAUUUGCAUUUGAUUUAUCUAAAGAUUAUUUACAUGGUAUUAAUUAAUUAUUUAUUAUAAUAAAGAUCGUAAAUAAUUUGGAUAACCACUUGCUUCAUUUUAAGGAUUAUAAUUUAAAUUUGCAGAUAUGGCCACUAAUCUUGUUACAUCUAGAUUAAUUGUUAGAUAAGCUGCUUAAAUGAUUGACAAUAAUCAUCCUGAUAAAACAUUGUAUUCUGCUAUGGCAAAGAGAUAUGCAACUGAUAGUUGUUUCAAUGUUGCUAAUGAAGCAUUAUAACUUCAUGGAGGUUAUGGAUAUUUAAGUGAAUAUUAAAUAGAAAGGUAAUUAUUUAUAUUAUAUUAAUAGAAUUGUAAGAGAUUUAAGAGUCCAUUAAAUAUUAGAAGGUACUAAUGAAAUAAUGAAAGUCAUUAUCUCUAGGAAUUUGUUAAAAUGA